AUGGGGAAAUUCCAGGUAAUGCGGGAAUAAUCUUCUCUCCUGUAGCGCAACUUUCGCAAACUAAAUCUUUCCUGAAUUUUGUUAAACGUCGUUUCAACAUUUUUCGAAUUUUUUCGCGACUCAUCGUAUUCUUUCUUAUAAUUAUUUCAUUAAACUGAAAACUUUUCCCAAAAUUUUUCUACUUCAACAUCUGGAAUGCUUCUUUCUUCGUGUCUGACUCUGUCAAAGUUUUCAUUCCCAGAAAUUUGCACGUACUUUCCUUCGCCUAUCGGCCAAAAAUAAAAAAAAAACAAAUCUGAAACUGUUAGAAAUCAAGAAAUAAAUUCCAGGGAUAAAGUUGCUCCUGCCAGGAGAUUUGAACAGCGAUAGAAUUUUCAUUGACGGAUUAUUAGAGUUAGAGGAUCGUUGGUGCAACGUGACGGAUCCGUGAAUUAUUGACGAACGAAUUUCAGCAUAUAGUUGCUUACAUCACCGGAGGAGCAAACGGGAUCGGGAAGGCUAUCGCGCAGAAAAUGCAUUGUCAGGGUGCCAAGGUGGUUCUGGCCGAUAUAUCUUGCAAGGGGGCUAAAGUCGCCGAGGGCCUGGGCGAAAAGGCUUUAUUUACGUGUACUGACGUUAGGCUGGAGAAGGACGUGCUGGAGAGCAUGAAAUGCGUGAAAGAGAAAUUCGGCGGCGUGAACGUGCUGAUCAAUUCCGCGGGUGUCGUUGGUUACGAGCCGAUCUACGACUUCAAGAACAAGAAACCACACUCGGUGGACUUGUACAGAUGCCUGUACGACACGAACGUGUGGGGCCUGUUCAACGUGACUCGCUUGAUGGUUGGUUUGAUGGCCGAGAACAAGCCAGACGCGAACAAACAAAGAGGAGUCGUUAUAAAUCUCUCGAGCAUGAUGGCGUGCGAACCGCCGCCCGGUUUGGUCGCCUACGGCAGCACCAAGUCCGCCGUUUCCGGCAUGACGAUGCCCAUGGCUAGAGGACUCGCGUCCAAGGGGAUACGCGUCAUCGGUAUUUGUCCCGGUUACAUCGACAGCCCGAUGACAGCUCCGCAGAAACCGGACGAAAGGAAGAAGUGGAUCGGCAUGAAACUCACGCCGAAACGUUACGGCACCUGCGAGGAAGUGGCGCACUUGGUCCAAGCAUGCAUCGAGAAUCCACUGAUAAACGGCGAGAAUAUACGUAUAGAUAUGGGCUUCAGAUACAAUCAAGAGAGAGAUGCCGUCCAGCGGAUUUCCCGCUGCUACUUGGCUGAAUGCGCUCAGAAUUUGGGUAAGUAUGUUGAUCAAGUCAGCAAGAGGCUGAGCACUUUUCAACGCUGCGGUUAUUACAUUCUGGAUGGUAUUAGCAAGAUUUCCUGCGGAGCCCAAAUUAGUUUGAAGCAAUUUUUCGGCUGCUUCAACGCUCGCUGA